AAUGCUUUCAUGAUCAUAAUAUGAAUAAAAUUAUUUUACAAAGAGAAAUUCUCUCUUAAAUCUUUUCUAUAAAAAUCCCACCCUACUCCCCCACUAGCCCACAACCCAUUACGCCAACAUGCCCUACGCGACGGUCGGCGCCACCGCCGUCGAAUGCCACAAGCAUGUCCGGUCAUGGCGGCUCCUGCGCUCCUUCAUAGAACUCCUCAUUCCGUGCUGCAGGGCCGCCCCCUUCACGGCUGUUGACCGGCUGGAAAUCAAAGAAGAACGCAAUAAUCGCAUCAUUCACAGCGUCAACUUCUCACGACCCACUUCAAUUUCUUCCUCCGCCUCUGCCAGCGCCGUCACCGGCACCAUCUUCGGAUACCGCGGCGGCAAUGUCAGCUUCUGCAUCCAAACGGACCCCAGGUCCACCGCGCCGCUUCUCCUCCUCGAGCUGGCCGUUCCCGCCGCGGUCCUCGCGAGGGAAAUGCAAAGCGGGAUUCUCCGCAUCACGCUCGAGUGCGCCGACACCGCCGCGGCCGCGGGAAAGGCGACGGCGCAUUCUGGGUCACUUUUGUCCGAGCCCUUAUGGGUCAUGCAUUGCAACGAGAAGAGGGUGGGGUUCGCGGCUAAGCGGCGGCCGGGGAAGGCCGACGAGGCUGUUUUACGGCGGAUGAGGUCGGUGGGGGUCGGCGCCGGGGUUACGAGCGGAAAGGAGUUUAACGGCGGCGGAGAGCUGAUGUAUCUCCGGGCCAACUUCGAGCGGAUCCGGGAGUCGCCGGGCUCGGAGUCUUUCCAUUUGGUUGACCCGGAAGGAAGCAUCGGGCAGGAGCUAAGCUUUUAUUUCAUUCGCUCCGGGUAAUACCCGCGUUGCUCUGCAGACCCGACUAAUUCAUGGUCCGGAUCAAAGAGUUUUUCUUUAUUUUUUAUUCAUUUUUAAUAGAAAAUAUUAGACUUUCUUCAGAAUCACAAACUAUCUCAUCACUCCCGAAAAUGGAUCCCACGCUUUGGUGUAGGAUGCCCAUUCUACGCUGUGAUGGAUCAAAUAUAGUUUGAGAUUCAAAAGUCAGAGGUGUAGCAUAUUUUUUCUUAAAGUUAUGUUAAUCGAUUAAGUUAAUUUAGCGUGUCUUUAUGUAAUUUGUAAGGUGAUCGAACUUUUGAAGCUAUGUUAAUCGGUUAAGUUAAUUUAA